AUGAUCACUAAGUACUUCACCAAGAUCUUUGUGCGGUUCAAUCCAUUUGGACCAGAGGCAAAAACAGCCAGGCUCUUCCUGUGCGCCAUUCCGCCACGGCAGCGGGCCAUCUCAACGAAGCUGACGAACGAGCUGCUGACUGCGAACUCGCAGAAGACUCCGUUGAUUAAGGUGGUGUUCAAAGACAAGACCGAGAUGGAACUAGACCCCGCAGGGCUGUCGUUCGGCGAGCUGUCGAGCCACCUGGACCGCUACUCGCGCAAGCUGCAGCUGAAGGAAAAUAUUGAGUCGCAGUGA